AUGACGGCUGCUCGUCGCGUCAAGCUGCUAGGCAUAGCGGCGUUCACUCUGAUCGUUAUUUUCCUCUUCUACGGCUCACAAACCCGUACCGAUCGCCGAAUCGCCCAGCAACUUCAUAAUGAAGAACGACAUCGCCACAAGGAGGCGGUUAAGAACGGCUUCGACGACGAAGACGAGGUUCUAGAGAAGCAACUCAAAUCACAAAGGUUAAAGGACGCUGAAAUCGCUGCAAAGGAGAAGGCAAAUGCAAAGGCUCCGAAUCCGGGUGUUUGGGAUGUGACAACUGAAUUGGACGAGAUUUUGAAGCGAAGCCCGAUUAUUAUAUUCUCGAAAACUUAUUGCCCGUACUCGAAGGCGGCGAAGAGGUUGUUACUGGAUAAAUAUACAAUUACACCGGCACCUUUUGUUGUCGAACUUGAUAACCACGACCACGGUUCGGAAAUCCAAGAUGCACUCCAAAAACAGACAGGACGAAGAACGGUCCCCAAUAUCCUCGUUUUGGGCAAGUCGAUAGGUGGUAGUGAUGAUAUCGCAGCAUUGGAAUCGGAAGGCCAGCUCGUCGAGAAAGUAAAAGGCUUGGCGGGCAAAAGGGUAGAAAUGGUCAAGACCUAA